UCCCUAUAAAAACGUAACACUAUGUCUGAAACUAGUACACCUUAUACUCCAGCUUCCACCUCCACUACUGUUGCUGGAAAUGAGACGGUCUCGCUGGCUGACGAAAUUAAAAAAUAUGACACAGCCAAGCUUAUAGAAUAUUUGCAGGGGCAGGACUUAGGUCUUGACGAGGACGACGAGAAAAUACUUCGCAAGGAAAAGAUUAAAGGCCAGGACUUCUUUGACAUGACCGAAGAAGAGUAUAUGCAAGAUGGUUUAGCAAGAGGACCGGCAAAAAGACUCGUGAAGUUCGCUAAGGAGUGUAAAGAUAAAAAGUUGAGGUCGUUCUCCUCGUACAAGACUAAGAAAGACUUGAGUGAGGUGUUGGAGAAAUAUGGGAUUGUUAGCGGGGAUAUAACUCGCAUUCCACAGUUCAUACCACCCAUCCACACUAUCAACGAAAGCGCCCCAGAAUUUAAGCUAUGUAUUGACGACAUCCUUCGUAGAAUAAAAAAUAUGGGUCCAGUUGUAGAUAGUAACGAAGCUAUGCGGUGCGAGUAUAUUUCAACGAUCUUACAUACGGCUGUAAGUAUUCUCGGCGACUUGGUAAUCACACCUCAGGCAAAUAUAAUUGGUGAAGAAAACACAGGCCGUGUCGACUAUGCCAUCAAAAAAAUUAUCAGCGAGAUGCUGGAGGAAAUAAUUUGCAUAACCGAAGGCAAACAGAAUCAAGCAACUAUAGGUAUCUGCCAAAACUUACUACAAUGCCGAAGUGCUUGCGAUAUGAAUAUAAAUAUGAACAAGAAAAAAAGAAAGGUGGAUGAUGCAUUCGAUCCCGACUACGACUACGUCUAUGGUAUAGUCAGUACUGGAACUGACUGGUACUUCAUUCUUCACAGCACCGAGGGCAUCUAUAGUACGAGCAGGACUGAAUACCGAAUUUCACUAACAGAAGACGCUCUCAAAGAUGAUACAGAAUUGCGUAAGAAUGUGAAGAGGGUUUUAGAGGUUAUAGUAGGUUUAUUAAAGGAUAGAGCAGUAGGUAGUGAGGAACCCGCAACUAAGAAGCGUCGUGUAGAAGAAAUAAUCAAGAAAAAAUAAUCAUGUAUAUUAGAUAGACGUCAUGUAUCGCG